AAGUGCAACCUUGUCACGCCAGCGAUGAAUGGAAAAGAAUAUGGCGACCUGACUCUGGAAAAAAAUUAGAAUUUGUCCGGCAAAAGUAGUGUGCAAUACGAAGAAAUUUGCGCCCUGAAGCCAGAGCAAGCGAAACUACGGGGAGGCUAACGAUACGGAAAAGGAGAACUCAACAGGCACUUGCCAAAGGACUCGGUUAAAAGGACAAAGCAAAACCGGCAAUAUGGGCGAGGUCAAGUCCGUAAAGGUGGAUAACUGGGGCGUCUUUUUCCUGCAGAAGCUACAGAACUUCUUCAACAAAACGGACUACUGCGAUUUGACGCUCCAGUUCCGGGACAACUCACAGCUAAAAGUUCAUCGUCUUGUGCUCAGCGCCUGCACCGACUACUUUAAUGUGCUGGAGCAGACUUGCGAGAUAGUUGACGAUGCGCUCAUCAUGCCCAACGAGUUCCAGGCGGACGUGGUCGUUCCCAUUGUCAACUUUAUGUACACAGGCACCCUGGAGUUUGAGCUAAAGAUGUACGGCAAGCUCUUGCGCACUGCCAAAGAGAUGAACAUGACUGUGCUGCUGAAAUUGCUGGAGGCACAUCGCCGUACCAUGGAGAACGUGAACCGUCAGCAAAGACCGCCUAGUCCAAAGGGAAUUCGUCGACGAACAGUUGGACAGCCUAGUUCGGGCCUUCCCCAGCAGCGCGUGUUGGGUCCAUCACCGCAGUCCCGAAAUGUGGGCACACCCACGAUGCAGCGAGCCAACACACAGCGUGGAGCCAUUGGCAAUACAUUGAUCCGCACAUCGGGAGGUAGCAGCAGCAUAAAACAGGAGCCAACUUCGCCAUUCGAGCAACUGCGCAAAGGUUAUAACAACAAUAAGAGACCAGCACAAACCAGCCUGUUAUCGCCGCCCUCAAAGAAGCCGAGUUUGGAGGAGGUUAAGGAGUUUGCAGAACAACAACGGAUGCGUAAACAAAUAGCUGCGGAAUACGGAGAUAAUGAUCCAGAAUAUGACGGAGGCAUGCAGUACGAUGAUGUCCAUACUGGGGACGAUGACGAUGAUGAUUUGCCACCUCAACCAUCGACAUCCAAACAGCAGUCGCCGCAAGGCACACAGACCCAGCUUGAGCACGGAUCCACCACCAUUAUUCUGAAGCAGGACUCUCCUAGCCAGACACCCACGAUAAUUGUCAAGGAUUCCUCCAAUGCCAAGCUAAAUCACACGAAAAUCAUUGCUGAAGUACUGCGUCAGUAUCCCCACAUUGUUAAGGGCCAUAAGAACAUAAAGCUGAAGAUAAUGCCCAACACACCAUCUGCAGAAAAGUCUGCUCCGGCGGCAGUCAAGCGAGGAUCACCAGCACCGGCAACUCAGACAUCAACCUCUACAUCGCCGCACAAGAAGUUGCAUGUAUCAUUCAAAGCGGAUAAGGGUACGCCUCUGAUCACCGCCCAACAGAAGACGACGAGUUCCCAGCAGAAAACUACGCCGACGCAGUCUGCCGUUUCGCAAGCAUCAGCGGUCAAUCCGCCUGCGAAUGCCGGCGCAGCGCAGAAGCGGCGCAUUGACAGCAAGACAAUGCAUGCCUUGAUUGCCCAAGGAGCCGAGAACACUACUGGUCCAUGGCUGUGCCUGCGGUGUGGAGUAAACGGACGCCCCAUCAGCAUUCCCUCAUACCGAGGCUUCCGACGCCAUUUGAUUAACACGCACAAGGAGAGCAUUGAUCCAGCGCUUUGCGAGCACUGUGGCUGGCGGUCGGGCAACAACCGGGAGCUGCAUUUCCACAUGUAUAUGGAGCAUCAGGUCAAGUCGCUGCUAUACACUUUUGCCGAGUGCGCUCUGUGCAAUCAGUCUUAUUUAACCAAGGGAGAAUUGGAGGCGCACAUAAAUGAGGCACAUACGGACGACAACAAGCAGCAGUGCAUCUACUGCAACAAGGUGUUCGAGCAAGAGCUGCAGCUGUAUAGGCACAUGAAGACCAACCACAAAGAACAGGCCCUGGAGGAUGGCAUUAUCGAUGAAACAGACGAAGAGUUCCUCGGCUCACAGGAUGAGGAGGAAGAAGAGGCCGAGGGAGAGGAAGAGCAGGAACCGCAGCAGACUGGCAAGGUCCGAAUCCUGUCGGACAUCAGUCUGCCAGCCUCUAGUGCCAUUACAGUGCAGCAAGCUCAACAGGAAGAACACCAAGAAGUGAAGUUUGUUGGAGCGGAUGGCAAUGAAGUGGAGCUCACGGAUGAACAGCGCAAGGAGAUCCUCUCACAGCUCAACCAGCAACAAGCAGGCGCCGCCGCCGGUGGCGUCGUAAUGGUGCUCAGUGAGCCAGAAGCUGAGCCCGCGAAGCAGGAAACGGACGAAAAGUCGUUGGCCGGCACCGAAGAAGAGUAUGAUGACAGCCAAAUCUACAGCGAACUGGCCGCCGCUGAUUCCGUGGAUAGCGCCAAGAAGAGCGUUGCAGAUGAAAGCAAAGAGUCCUUGGACAACCUGGAAUGGGCAGAAAACCUUAUUGCUGAGUCCGAGGAGCAGAGCAACAAGGAGCCCAAACUGGAGAAGUCACGCGAUGACAUUAGUGAAAAGCUUAAGGAGUUGACCGGCGACUGGACCGAGGAUGAGAACGAUGAUGAUGCCGAUGAUAAGCCAGCCACCGCAGAGCUUGCAUCUGAGCUAGCCGCAAAGCAUUCAGAGCCAUCAGUCCACGAAGAAGAAGAAGACGAUAUUGACUUGGCUCUACAGUCUCUGCACAAGGGGUCUGAAAAUCCAGCUGCAGAAAAAACGGGCGAGGAGUCCGUUGCGAGUGCCGAAGAAGCUGAAGUCCCGACCGCCAGUAUAAACAGCCAACUUGAAAAAAUGGAUGUUGACUCGAAAGUGGCGGGAGAGAAGCUAGCUAAGUCAGUUACCAUUAAGAAAGAGGACGCGGUUGAAAAUGAGGAAGAAGAAUUUAUCAAAGAAGAUGCGACCACUGCGAAUGUGGAACCAGAGGCGGAAAUAAACGAGACGGCCGCUGAGGGCGACGAUGAUGUGCAUCUGGAGGCCGACAACAUACGUAAAGAGCUGCUAGAUGAGUUAAUAGCUGAGGCCGAGAAACCUAAUCAAGAAAAAAUCCCUGACCAACUUGAGGAGAACGCUGCGACUGAGGCUCCAGCCUUAGAUAGUGCAGUGACGGAAGAGGACGAUCUGGUGCCUCCAACCCAGCUAUCCACCGAUCAAAUGGAGGUUGAUGAACCAGAAGCUGAAGAACCAACCAAGAAUAAUGAUAGCACAAAAUCCACGGUCGAAAAGGAUGCCGAAGAGGAUAAACAAAACAAGAGCGCGGAUGCCACAGAAAAAACGUCUGUUGAAAGUACGGUAGUAGCCGAGGGAACGAAGGCUGGCGAUGCUGCAAGUGCGGACAAGGUCAAGAGUCUCAUUAGCGAAUGGGGGGACGACGAAGAAGAGGACGAGGAUGAGAAUGGGGUUAGUGCGGCGGCGAAGGAGGAGCUAUAAUUACUAGAUUUAUUUAUGUUCUAAGUUCGGCGAUUCAUCGCAGGUCAGGAGUAAUUACCAUCUGAGCUCGACAUGAAUUUUCGGUUUCUAUUGUAAAUUAAAUUGUUAACGAUGAUUGAGGUGAUGAUAAGAUACGCCUAUGCACGGUUUAAGUGUAUAAGAUCUAAUCUACACGUCUCUCGUAAUUGUAAAUCCCUUCCCAUCCCAUCUAUGUUGCGCUACUAGCACGAAAUUCUUAAAACUCGUGCGAGUCGAGUCACCUUAAAUGAGAGAUCAGAGACCAAACAAUCCAACAUGUCGCUAUUUAUGAGUGUCAGUUUUUUUCACCCUUACACCACCAAUAGAGCAACCAACCAACAUUUCACGUAUAGGUAAACACUUUAUAUAUACACAUAUAUAUAGUAUACACAUAUGCCUGUUUACAUAUAGAUAUAUGUAGUUACAUAGAUGUUGUUUUAAUUGGUUUAAAACAAAGGCAGGAUGUUCCCAGAUUGAUAAGUAAAAAGUGACGUUUUAUGAUUGGUUAGUAAUAUUAAUCAAAAAGCUUACCCUUUUUUUGAUUACCAACUUAAUUGUAAGAUUUAUUAUACAUAAUAAAAGCAUCAAAAAAUAACAACUUUGGAGAAAGCAAAAUAUAAAUGUAGACAAAAAGAAA